GACGGCGUGCUGCGGGAGACGGCGCUCUCCGGGCAUUCCGCGCUGCAGCAGGAGCUGGACGAGCUGCGCACGCGCCUCAACGCCGUGCAGACCCAGCUGCAGGACUCGCAGACCAAGCUCACCCAGCUCUGCUCACGAUGGACCAAGUUCGAGGAGGAAGUGGACAAGCUCACAGAGUGGGUCAAGGCCAAGGAAGCAGCAGCCAAGGACCAGAGCCUCCGCAGCUCGCGCGAGGCCAAGCAGGCGUAUCUGGACAAACUGCGGGCGCUGGAGACCGAGAUCCUGGACAAGGGCGCGGAGCUGAACGCCGCGGCGACGCAGGGCGGCGCCCUGGAGACCGAGACGGAGCUGCACUCGAAGGUGUCGCGGCUGCUGACACGCUACCAGGCGCUCAAGAACGUGGCGCGCGAGGCGGUGCAGCGCUACGAGACGUUCGUCCGCGAGCACGCCGCCUUCGACGACAGCCACCGGGACUUCAUGGCUUGGCUGCCGAGCGUGCAGGCCGAGCUGGGCGAGCUGAGCGCCGUGGUGGGCGACCUGGGCGCGCUGCAGCAGCGGCAGGUGGCCAUGCGCCGGCUCCAGGACGUGCGCUCCGCCGAGGCCGCCAAGAUGGACGCGCUGGUGGAGGCCGGCGAGCGCCUGUACGCGCACACGUCGCCCGACGGGCGCGAGGUGGUGCGGCAGCAGCUGCGCACCCUGCGCCACCAGUGGGAUGGCUUCUCGGACGACCUACAGGCCGCGGCCGCGCGCCUCGACCAGUGCCUCGCGCAGCUGUCCGACUUCCAGGCCGCGCAAGAGCAGCUCACCAAGUGGCUGCUGGACGUGGAACGCGCCAUGUCACAGCACACGGAGAAGCGCGCGACGCUGCAGGAGAAGCGGGCGCAGCUGCAGAACCACAAGAUGAUGCAGCAGGAAAUAACGUCCCACCAGCAGCUGGUGGAGGCCGUGUGCGAGAAGGCGCAGCAGCUCCUCGAGCAGACGCGCGACGCCUCGCUGGGCUCGUACCUGACCAGCAUCAAGUCGCUGUUUGCCGACAUCGUGGCCAAGUCCCAGCGACUCUUGGACCAGCUGGAGGAGAGCGUGCGCCGGCACGCGCAGCUCAGCGCCAUGUGCGACGAGUUCCGCGACUGGCUGACCAAGCAGCGCAACGAGCUUGCGGCCCUCGACGACGUCAGCGGCGAGAAGGCGGACCUGACGAGGCGCUUGGCCGACCUGCAGGCGCUGCAGGAGCGCGAGGCUCUGGGCGACAAGAAGCUGGCCGAGCUGGAGGAGGUUUUGGGCGUGGUGGCCAAGGGCACGGCGCAGAAGGGCGUGGACGCGCUGCGGCAGGCCCAGGCCGAGUCCCGCGACGCGCUCGCCGUCCACUUGCAGGUGGCGGCCACGGUCAAGGCGCGCCUGGAAGAGGCGCUGCAGCAGUGGCUCCAGUUCGAGCAGCAGCUGGACGUGCACACCAAGUGGUUCCGCGCCACGGAGGCCGUCUUCCGGUCGCAACAGCUCCAGUCGACGCUGCCGCAGAAGGAGGAGCAGCUGCGCGCCUUCCAAGGCCACCGCGAGGAGAUCACCGCGCGCGAGCAGGACAUCGACGCCUUCGUGGACCGGUCGCACGCGCUGCUCAACCUGAGCCGCGCCGAGAAAGUCAAGCCACUCAUCUCGCAGAUCAGCAACAGGUACCAGCUGCUGCACGUGCUGAGCAAGGAGGUGGUGAACAGGUGGCAGGGCCUGGUGGAGGACCACCGCCUGUACCGGGACCGCCUGGCCGAGACGGAGGCGUGGCUGGGCCCGCUGGAGGCGCGCCUGGCACGCCUGGUCGGACAGCGCGGGGGAGGCGCGGGCCAUGGGGGCGCGGCCGACGCGGCGGCGGACGCGGCCACCGAGCUGCAGGCGCUCCUCGCGGAGCACGAGCAGUCCGAGCACCGCCUGGCCGGGCUGAGCGCGGCCGGCGAGCGCCUGCUGUCGGACACGGCGGCCCCCGGGCGCGAGCAGGUCCGCCAGGAGAUGCGCGCCGUGCGCGACCGCUGGGACGCGCUGGGUGAGCAGCUCAAGGAGCAGCGCAAGCGGCAGGACGCCGUGUCGCAGCAGUGGAGCCAGUUCCAGGAGGCGCUGCAGCAGACGCUGGCGUGGCUGGACGCCAUGGAGAAGCAGCUGCAGCCCGAGCAGUCUGGCGCCGCGCCCU